GAUGUUGUGUCCUAUUACUUCAAGAAUGCCCUAUUUUGAAUUGAACUUCACAUUUGCUCCACCUUGCGAUACCGCCUAUGAUCGGCGUAUGUGCCUGCAAUAUGAUCCCAAUUGCCAAGGUACCGGCCAAGAUUGUGUUGGAUAUUCUUCUGUCAUACUGUAUAGAACUGCUCCAGACUAUAAUAUCUCUUUCCAGAUGUGCCAUCUUCUCCUCCGGAUUUGUCUCCUUGUCCGAAUAUACCAGUCGCAUGACCUUCGACUUGUUCCUUUUCGACGAAUGACUGGCAUUUACUGCGCUGGCACUAAUUUCAGGCUCUCUACUGACGUGUUAGCGCGGCGAUUAGCACGUAGAAAUUAGAUCAUACUUAC